AUGGCUCUAACAAUAGAACCCAUCCACGACCCAUCUCCUGAUAAUCCUGGUAACCCUGACAUCUCACCACUCACGCAGAUGCGAGAGGAGAAAGCCAAGGCCCAUUUCGAAUACCAGAAACUGCUUCGACAGCGAAAUUCUUGCUUGCAAUGUCAGGUCAAGGGGUUACGGUGUUCAUUUGGGGGAGAGCACUUGAUUUUGAGGAGAGUAAAGAGGAAGUUAGCUCCUUUUAAAUACCGGCCGAAACGGGAGGAACAAAGUUCGUCUUUGAAGACUGAGGAGAAAAGUGAGGAGCCUCAACAGUCCCAAACCAAAGAGGAAGAGAAGAAAGAAAAGACCCCAGAGAGGAGGUGUUGUAAGAGGUGUCUUGUUACGAGUGAGGGCUUCUGUGUUGCGCAUUCUGUGGAGAGGAGGGAGGGUGAACGUGUUUUGAAAGAGGAUGAGGGGUGGGAGUGUGUUGGGUUGGAGGAAGGGAUGGUGGGAGGGAGGGUGAAGGAACUGCUUGAGUUGAAGAAAGAGGGUGCGGGGUUUGGGUUCCCUAUCCCGGAGGGGGAGGUAGAGAGGGUUAGGGGGGCUUUGAAGGAUGGUCUUGGGAGGAAGGUGGUGGAGGAGAGGAAGGGGAAUGUGUAA